GCUGUCAAACUUCCACAUUUCAAGUCAAAAUUGUCAAAUUCUCAGUUUAAAAAAAAAAUGUUGCCAAAACCAUCCCUGUUAGUACCCCUCCAAUCCAGCCGCCUCCUGCAACUACUUGCCCGCCUCUGCCAUGGCAAAGCCCCCGACAAACCCGCCCCCAAAAAAUCCGACCUCGAAGUAUGCACAAUCGCGGAGUGCAUGGUCGAUCCCUGCAAACCGGAACCCGCCGUCGUGAUCAUCGGUGCAGGAAUUGCAGGACUAUCAGCAGCACAACGUCUCGCCCAAUGCGGAUUAACCAACUUUACGGUGUUGGAAGCCACCGACAGACCAGGCGGCAGGAUUCAUUCCUGCUGGCUAGGCGACGUCAUCGCCGAAAUGGGAGCACAGUUCAUAGAGGGCGGUUGUAUCGGCAACCCGGUUUAUAAUUUAGCCGCACAAGAAGGGCUUCUAAAGCCGCCUCUGCAAAGGGCCAAACCCUUGAGUGGGAUUUUCUGUACCAGCGAUGGGCGGGCUAUUGACCAACCGGUGGCCGUUUUAGCCUUUCAGACUUUCAAGCAGAUAGAAAACGAAGCUGCGAGUUUGUUUAGUAUGGGUGGCGCGAAGCAACACGGCUCGCUUUUGAAUUUUUUGAGUUUAAGGAUUCAGCAAGAGCUGCAGAAUUUUCCCGAUGAGCAGAAGUACGACGUGGCGAGGAUUAUGUACGGGAUGACCAAUGCAGUCAGGACAAAAUGUGGCGAAGAUUUGAGCCAAGUCAGCGCCGACAACUACGGCAGUUUCAUCCAAAUCCCGGGGGGCCAAAUCCGCAUUCCCCUUGGCUUCAUCGGCGUCCUCUCUCCAUUGAUGCGCGAACUCCCUGAAAACGCCCUUCGUCUUAACAAGCCCGUGGGUAACAUUCGAUGGGGCGCAGUCCAGGCUCGUAAUAAAGGGGGCCCUCGGGCCGUAGUCCAAUGCUGCGACGGCCAAGAAUUCCCCGCCGACUACGUCAUCCUCACCGUAUCCCUGGGAGUCCUCAAGGAACACGCCGACAAGAUGUUCUGCCCCGCUCUCCCCUCCAGCAAAAUGGACGCAAUCAACAACAUUGGCUACGGCAACGUCGAUAAAAUCUUUCUCGAUUAUGACCGACCCUUUUGGGUUUGGUGCGAAGGGGGUAUUAAUUUCGCCUGGUCCCCGGAUGAACUCGCCAAUAGGACUGACUGGACUAAAGGACUCAGCGCAAUUGAGGAAGUGCAUGGGAGUAAGCACGUCCUUUGUGCUUAUAUUUCCGGCCCGGAGGCGGCCAUUAUGGAACACGCGAGUGAUGAGGAGGUCGCGGAAGGGAUCACUAGGAUUUUGAGGCAGUUCACAGGAGAUGCCUCUUUGCCGUAUCCCUCAACGGUAUUGAGGUCCAAAUGGGCAACAGACCCAUUUUUCUGUGGGUCUUACAGUUACAUGGGUUUGAAUUCACAUGUGGGACAUCAGUGUGACUUGAGUUGCCCAGUUCCGGGCACGUGUGAACCCAUUCCGCCCAUUUUGUUAUUUGCAGGAGAAGCCACGUGUGCUGGGCAUCAUUCCACGGUACAUGGGGCAAGAUUGAGUGGGAUUAGGGAGGCAGAGAGGGUGAUACAAUUGACAAAAUCAUACGGAGGGCCCCCACCCUCGAUCUAACAGAGGAUCGGUUGUUUAGAUUUUUUUUGAGUAAAUUGAAGUGUCUAGUCGAGUAUUUUAAUAAAAGUAAUUGAUUGCUGA